UGGAAUUCAAGAGUUAUAAAUUGCUUCAAUAUAACUUGAUUGGAGCAAAAGUUGCAAGAAGAAAUUUUCUUUUCUCGUUUGCUUUUGCAUUUGCAGAUUGGUCAGCUCAGCACACUGCCACCAAAACAAAGAACCCCAGAAGCCUUAGCCAAAGCUAUCGAUGACAUGAGCAAACUUGAUGCAGUAGCUUUCAGCGGUGGAUUCAUCCUGGAAAAAACCAUGGGUCCUCUCUCAAAUGGCUACUUAAUGCUUCGGCAGAAGAACCCAAAUGCAAAUCCAUCAGUCACAUUCAACUAUUUCCAAGAACCGGAGGACUUACAACGAUGUGUUGAUGGCAUUAAGGUCAUCGAAAGCAUAAUUGAAUCAAAAUCUUUCUCCAAAUUUAGGUAUGAUGACUUGACCUUACAAGUCCUCCUCAACAUGACCGCGAAUUCUCCGGUGAACCUGUUGCCCAAACAUAGCAAUGCCUCAACUUCAUUGGAACAGUUCUGUAAAGAUACUGUUAUGACCAUUUGGCAUUACCAUGGAGGAUGUCAAGUUAAUAGAGUUGUUGAUGAAGAUUAUAAAGUUUUAGGGGUGGAUAACUUGCGAGUUAUCGAUGGCUCUACAUUUUAUGACUCUCCUGGAACAAAUCCUCAAGCCACUGUUAUGAUGCUGGGAAGAUAUAUGGGAGUAACGAUGCUAAACGAGAGACUUGCAAGUGAAAAGUCAAAUUGAUGAAAUUUCCUUUUUUUUUCCUUAGCCAUCAAUUUUUUUUUGGUUUUCUUUACAUGCAUGUGGAAGUGAAAGUUGCUCUGAAAAAACAACAAUACAGCAUUUCUUUACAUAAAAAUCUAUGUAAAAUGACCUUUGGGAAGUGUUUGUAUGCCGUGUUCCUGCCUUUUCUACCGUUCUAUUCUAUAAAUCACACAGUUUAGCUUAC